AUCAGCUAGAUGUGUGUGGAGUUGCAAGAUUCCAUCUUACUGGCUCUUGAUGCCAGAAUUCGAUUUAAAUAGCUGGGUGCCCGGGGCAGAGAGCAUCUACUGAUCGAUCUCAGCAGUGCAAGACCCAAGGAGCUAAGCAGAGCACCCGGCAAGCCUUGAUCCAAAUAAAAGUUCAGCAGCUUAGAAGAACAGAGCUCAGAGCUCGGAGCAGAGAGAGCAAUCAUGGAGGGCGGCAAGUGCGACCACCCCGAGCACGCGACGGCGCCAUGCCCGCCGCCGUCGCAGGGCCGCCUGAUCACCGUGCUGAGCAUCGACGGCGGCGGCAUCCGCGGCCUCAUCCCCUCCACCAUCAUCGCCUGUCUCGAGUCCAAGCUCCAAGAGAUAGACGGGCCGGACGCGCGGAUCGCGGACUACUUCGACGUGAUAGCCGGGACAAGCACAGGCGCGCUGGUGACAUCCAUGCUGGCCGCCCCGGGGGAGAACAAGCGUCCCCUCUUCGCCGCCAGCGAGCUCAAGGACUUCUACCUGGAGAACGGGCCCAAGAUCUUCCCGCAGAAGAAGCUCGGGUUCCUCAACCCCGCGGCGAACCUCUUCGGCGCCGUCAUGGGGCCGAAAUACGACGGGAAGUUCCUCCACGACAAGAUCAAGAAGCUCACGCACAACACCACCAUCGCGGAGACGGUCACCAACAUCAUCGUGCCCACCUUCGACGUCAAGUUCCUGCAGCCCGUCAUCUUCUCCACCUACGAGGCCAAGGUGGAUCCCUUGAAGAACGCGCACCUCUCCGACAUCUGCAUCAGCACCUCGGCCGCGCCGACAUACUUCCCCGCCCAUUUUUUUAGCACCCAUGACCCGGACCCGAAGGCGGAGGUGAAGGAGAGGGAGUACCAUCUUGUCGAUGGGGGCGUGGCGGCGAACAACCCGACGAUGGCCGCCAUGUCCAUGAUCACCAAGGAGGUGUUGCGGAAGAACCCAGACUUCACCCAUGGAAACCCCGCCGAGUACAACAACUACCUCAUCAUCUCUAUCGGGACCGGGUCGGCGAAGAUGGCGGAGAAGUACACGGCGCCAGCGUGCGCCAAGUGGGGCGUGCUGCGGUGGCUCUACGACGGCGGGUUCACGCCACUCAUCGACAUCUUUUCGCACGCCAGCGCCGACAUGGUGGACAUCCACGCUGCCGUGCUCUUCAAGGCGCUCCGAGUCAAGGAGAACUACCUCCGGAUCCAGGACGACUCCCUGGAGGGUGACACCUCGUCGGUGGACAUCGCCACCAAGAAGAACAUGGAGGCGCUCAUCGAAAUCGGCAACGGGCUUCUCCAGAAAAAGGUGGCCAGGGUCAAUAUCGACACGGGCAUGUAUGAGACCGUGGAAGGGGAAGGCACCAAUGAGGAGGCGCUCAAGCGAUUCGCCGUGAAGCUCUCCAAUGAGCGCAAGCUGCGCCAGGCCACCCUCAAAUCCCACUAGCCUCUGAAGAAGAGAGUGUGAGUCUGCCCAGAGUUGCUGUUAUUGUUGUUGUCAUUGUGAUAUUGUAAGGUAAUACUCCUGUGAGUGAGAUGAACAUUACUCCUGUUAGUUAAUUAAGCAAGAGGGCAAAUGUGCAAAUUUGGAAGGCGAGUUAUUAGCCGAUCUAUGGUAAAUUAAAUUUGUGGUGCAUAUAUAAUUAAUAAGCAUAUGUGUAUGUUCAAGACAAUGAUUUGAAUGAGCAAAUUAAAAUA